AUGGGCCUCGCCCACCUGCUCCCCACAGCCACCUGGAGACAGGCAGGCGAGAGGUUAUCCAUGGUGACAAGAAGGUUGCUGCUGCUCUGGGCCGGGCUGGUGCUGCUGGCAGGCACCGGCACGGCCACCCCCAUGGGCCGGGAGUUCAUCACGGCCCUCAUGCAGAAUUACCAGAUUGGCUACUCCCAGGCUGACUUCCAGCUCUUCAUCUCCGGCUACUCGCUGUCCAACACCAUCACCGUCGAGAUGCGUAAAUCUCAGUUCCGCCACACUUUCCAGCUUGGCCAGGGCCAGACGGUCUCCAUGAAGAUCCCGGCCAAUGCUGAGAUGUCCAGCACCACCAAGUUCUGCGGCACUGUCCCGGUGCAGGCAGACAAAGAUGUCUCAGUGAUAUCGCUCAAUGCCAAGAAGCUGACGGCCGACACCAGCAUGGUGUACCCGGUCCAGAGCCUGGGCAUAGAGUACUAUGCCAUCACGCCAGCUGGAGAUGUCUCUGGGACCUACAAAGAGUUCUCCAUCAUGGCUGUCCAAUUCCAGAGCAACCAGGAUCUCUCUGGCACCCGGGUGGUAUCCCUGAAGCCGGUGGCAGUGCAGAGUGGGCACAGUUGUGCCCAGAAGAACACCAAGUGCAACCACGAGGCUGAGCAGCUGUUGCCUGUCUCCGGGUGGGGCACGGCUUUCUUUGUGCCACCAAUGCCCUUCCAGGCCAGCUACGACCUGGUGUACAUCGUCGCCUCCCAAGUCACACAGCUCACCUACUUCUCUGGCGGGGCCCAGAGGAGCCAGGGUCUGGUAUCUGGGCAGGUCCUUCAGUUGGAGGUGAGUCUGGCCAAACCACUGUACUUCUCCGCCAGUGCCAGCAUUCAAGUCUUCUUCUUUUGUAUCGGUGGGACCCAGGGCACCAUGCAUUACGACCCCUUCUUGGUCAGCAUCCCGGACAUCUCCAGCUACUGCACCUCCUACUCCAUCGCUGGCCAGCAGGGGUUCAAAAACUGUCAUCAUCGUGGCCAAGACCGCAUCGGCCGCCGGCAUCCCCAUGGAUCGGUGACUCCCGAGCAGGGUGAGCUGGAAAUCGAUUCCUGGCACGGAGUAUUUCUGGGGAGUGUUCAACCUGGGCAUCAGAGCCAGUGCCCACUCAGUGGAGAACCCCAGUGCUGCCUUUGGGCUGCUGAGCGUCGACAUCGCUCAGCAGAAUGGCUACGGCAUGGCCACCCUUUGCCAGAGAGUCCUAUCCUGUCCGCAGCAUCCCCGGUGCUUUCCUGCAGUUCCGUGCAGUGCCAGAAGAAGGAGACCUGCCAGAUGACCAAUGGCAGACCCGUGUGCAUGGACUCUAUGGCAACUUGCUGGGUGCUGGGUGAUCCCCACUACCACACCUUCGAUGGGCGCAACUACGACUUCAUGGGCACCUGCACCUACACCCUGGCCAAGACCUUUAGCUCAGAUUCAGCUCUCCCAGCUUUCCACGUCACGGCUAAGAACGAGAACCAGGGCAAGCAGAGAUUUGCCUACGUGGGCUUUGAGACCGUGCAGGUCUAUGGCUACACUGUCUCCGUAGUCAGAAAUGAAUACGGGCUUGUGAGAGUGAAUGCCCAGCACUCCCGCCUCCCCAACUCCCUGAUGGAGGGGAAACUGAAGCAGUAUAAGAGUGGGGGCUCUGUUGUCAUCGAGACUGACUUCUCCCUGAUGGUCUCCUAUGACUGGGGCAGCUCUCUUGUGGUGAAGAUCUCCAGCAGCUUCUGGGAGAGUGUGCAAGGCCUGUUUGGCAACUACAAUGGGAUGCUAGGGAUGACUUUGCCACCCUGGCUGGGUUGCUGGCUGCCAGCCCUGUGGAGUUUGGGAAGAGCUGGAAGGUGGAGGACGGGGACAGGUUCUGCUGGGACAACUGCCAUGUGGAGUGCAGGAGCUGCUCCCCAGAGCUGGUUGGCAGAGGCGGGGGGCCCCUUCAGCCGCUGCCACUCCAUGAUCGACCCCAAAAUCUACCUGGACAACUGUGUCUACGACCUGUGUAUGAAUGACGGCCUCAAGGAGAUGCUAUGCCGGGUGCUGAUGAGCUAUGCUGAUACUUGCCGGAAAGAGGGGGUGGCCAUCUCCGAGUGGCGAAGUCUUGCAGGCUGCACUCUGCCCUGCCCAGAGAACAGCCAGUACCAGCUCUGCGGCUCCGCGUGUCCUACCUCCUGCAAUGACCGAGCGGCCCCUAACAACUGUUCCUUGCCCUGUGUGGAGACCUGCCAGUGCAAUGAUGGCUUUGUGCUGGAUGCUAGGAAAUGCAUCUCCAAGGCCGGCUGUGGGUGCAAAUUUGAGGGAUGCCUCUAUGCCCCUGGAGAGCAAUUCUGGGGGGACAGCGCCUGCACGAGACGCUGCGUCUGCAACCCACAAACCAGGCAGGUGAAUGGUAUUUUGACCAACCUGCCAUACCAAGUGGGCACAGGGAAGAUCUCCAUGUACCAGAGAGGCUGGGAUGCCAUGAUCCAGGAUUUUGGCCUCACUGUUACCUUCGACUGGCACAGCCGAGUCACCGUCACCGUGCCCAGCACCUAUGCCAGCACCCUGGGCGAUCUGUGUGGCAACUUCAAUGGGGACAGGAGUGACGAGCCAGCUGGGAAGGCCGGCGCAGGUGCCGGGCGCAGCUGGAGAGUGGCCGAGCCCCUGGGCUGCAGCGAAGUUGAUGUGCGGGCCUGCCCUGACUUGGAAGCUCUCGCCCAUCGCCAGCGGGGCAUCAACACCGAGUGCAGGAUCAUCCUGGAAAACACCAGCCCCUUCAGGGAGUGCCACAGCAGAAUUGAUCCCAAGGGCUUCUUCCUCAACCGUGUGUCCGACUACUGCAUGUCCAAGGGGCAGUUGGCCGUGCUAUGGCAGGUGGUUGCUGGCUAUGCCUCAGCCUGCCAGGCCGCUGGGCCAGCCUGUCCCUGGAACAGCCACUACGAGGUCUGCGCCUGGGGCUGCCAGCCGACCUGCAGCAGCCUCUAUGCCCCAGUUCAGUGCUCGGCCCAGUUGGAGGGCUGCGUCUGUGAUGAGGGCUUUGUGCUGAGCGGUGACCGCUGGGUGCCCAUGUCCCAGUGUGGCUGCAUCCACCAGGGCUUUUACUACCAGGCCGGGAAGACCUUCCACCCAACAUGCCAGGAGCAGUGCAUUUGCCAGGCCGGCAGGGACGUGGCCUGCAAGGGCUUGUCCUGUGGCCCCAAGGAGGAGUGUAAGGUGGCGGGCAGUGUCCGGAGAUGCCACCCUGUGGGAUCCGCCACCUGCACGAUCUCUGGAAGCUCCCGCUACAUCACCUUCGACGGCGCUGCCGCCAACUUCCAGGGCACAUGCACCUAUGCCCUGGCCACGACCUGCACUGACGCCCAGAAGCUGAUGCCCUUCGCUGUCCACCUGGAGAACAAGCCGUGGGGCACCGAGCAGGUCCCCGUGGCCAAGCUGGUGUCCAUCCACCUCUAUGGGACCACCCUUUCCCUGCUGCAGGGCAUGAGGGGGCUGAUCAGGGUGGAUGGGGUGUCCCACAAACUGCCUGUGGUCGUGGCCGAUGGGCAGCUUUGGGCGUAUCAGCACGGUGGGAACGUGCUGGUGCAAACCGACUUGAGCCUCACCGCGAGCUACAACUUCCCGUUCAACGUGAGAGUCACCGUCCUGGGGAGCUACCAGGGCCAGAUGUGCGGCCUGUGCGGGAACUACAACGGGCGUCGGGACGACGAGUUCCUGCUCCCCGAUGGCAGUGCGGCCCCUGAUGUGGCAGCGUUUGCCUCUGCCUGGAAAAUCCCAGUCCCAGGGGUGGCCUGUGCAGAUGGAUGCGCCGGGAACAGCUGCCUGGUUUGUGAAGAGACCAAAAAGGACGUCUUCAAACAGCACAACUACUGUGGGCUGCUCACGGCCCCCGACGGCCCCUUCGCUGCCUGCCAUGGCACAGUCAGCCCCAGCGUGUAUUUCAACAACUGCCUGUAUGAUGUGUGCCUGGGCAAUGGGGCUGUACCUGGAAAGGCCCUGUGCCAGAGCAUCCACAGCUACGUGACGGCCUGCCAGGAGGCUGGGGCCCCCAUCCAGCCCUGGAGGAGCGCCUCCUUCUGCUCUCUGAGCUGCCCAGCCAACAGCCACUAUGAGGUGUGUGCUGACCUCUGCACCGCGACCUGCGCCUGGAUCACCGACUCCAUCCCGUGCCCGGAGACUUGUGCCGAAGGUUGCCAGUGUGACGAUGGCUUCUUCUUUGAUGGCCAGGGCUGCGUGACUGUGGAGAGUUGUGGCUGCUUCGAACAGGGGAGAUACAAGUCCAACAAGAUGGUGCUGGUGAACGAAUGUCAGCAAAGAUGCAGCGGCAGCCCGGCCCGAGGGGUGAACUGCGAGUCCCACAGCUGUGCCAGUGAUGAAACCUGUGAGAUCAAAGAUGGUGUCAUGGGCUGCAUCAACAAAGACCCGUUCAAAUCCCUGAGAUGCCGGACCAAGGAGACAUGUAAGGUCGAGAACUGCCAUGCAACGUGUAUCCCUGACUACAAGAAGACCUGCUGGGGCUGGGGGGACCCGCACUACACUUUCUACGGGCUGGACUUCGACUUCCAGGGCACCUGCACCUACACCCUGGCCAAGUACUAGGACGGACCCACCCUAGAGCCCUUCACCAUUGAUGAGAAGAACGACAACCGGGGGGGUAGCCAGGUUGUCUCCUAUGUGCGCCUGACCAACAUCUACGUCUAUGGCUACAACAUCUCCAUCCACAAGAAAGAGGUCGGCAAAGUCCGGCUGAAUGAUGUCAUCGCUAUCCUGCUGCUGACCCUGGCCGAUGGCAAGCUGCGGCUUUUCCAGAGUGGCCUGAGCUCUGUGCUGCAGACGGCCUUUGGCCUGGAGGUCUCCUUUGACUGGAACUGGCUGGUGGAGGUGACCCUGCCCAGCAGCUACUAGGGCGCCACCUGCGGCCGGUGUGGGAAUUACAACCAAGACCCAGUGGACGACAUGGUGAUGCCGGCCGGCGCCCAGCCCAGCUCGGUGGUGGAGUAGGCUGCCAGCUGGAAGGUGAGGGACCGCGACCCAUUCUGCUGGCACAUCUGCCAGGGGAAAUGCCCCACCUGCGAGGAGGAGCAGCGACAGCGCUACCACCGGGAUGAGGCCUGUGGGCUGAUCGCCAAGGUGGACGGCCCCUUCUGUGAAUGCCACCUUAAGCUCAGCCCGGAGAACUUCUUCGACAGCUGUGUCUAUGACGUCUACCUCAACAGGGGCACCAAGAGCAUGCUGUGCCAGGCGCUGGGUGCCUAUGCCGCCAGCUGCCGCACGGAGGGGGUUGUGGUCCGUGACUGGAGGAUGCAAUCCGGCUGCACCCUGCCCUGCCCUGUGAACAGCAACUACGAGGCCUAUGGGAAUGCCUGUCCAGCCAGCUGCUCUGACCAAACUGCCUCCUCCUCCUGCUGGGAGCCCUGUGUGGAGACCUGCCAGUGUGACAAUGGUUACGUCCUCAGCACCGGCCAGUGCGUCCCUGUAGGGAGCUGCGGAUGUGACUAUAAUGGCCGAUACUACAAACCCAGUGAGGAGUUCUGGGCCGAUGAGAACUGCUGCUCUCGGUGCAGGUGUGACCCCAGCCUGGGCAUGGUGGUUUGCCAGGAGACCAGCUGCAAGGCCAGGCACAUGCAUCUCCAGGACAUCCAGGGCAAACAGUUGUUUGAGCUCUGCUCCAAGGACCCCACGUUAACCCCCUUCAACGUCACAAUCCAGAACAACCACGGCAGCAGGGCCUUGUCCUUUGCCGAGGUGGGACCGUGGAGGUGUACGGGCAGAACCAUCACAGACAGCCAGCAGCACCCUCGCAGGAUCCAGUUCCAGGCUGAUGGAGUCUUUGUGGAUCUGCCUUUCUACCACGAGGAGACGCUCCUGGCCUACAUCAGCGGAGCCCAAGUCCUCAUCAAGAUUGCCUUCGAUCUCAGGGUGACCUUCGAUGGGAGCAGCCUGGUCCAGGUCACCAUGCCCAACACCAACGCCAAUGCCCUCUGCGGUCUAUGUGGCAAUGGCAACCAGAGCCCCGGCCAAGAUCUAAUCAUGAGGGACGGGAGCCAGGCCGCCGACACCGUCCAGUUCGCAGAGAGCUGGAAGGGGCGGCUGCCCUGCCAUGGGCUCUCGGUGCUGGACGGCUGCGAUGCCCCCUGUGCUGAAGGGUGUUUCUGCGAUGCCGGGUUCCUCCUGAGCGGAGACCGUAGCGUCCCCGUCGCGCAGUGCGGCUGCGUGCACCAGGGCAGGUACUACAGGAAGGGAGAGGAGUUCUACGCCAGCGCCUCCUCCCGGGAGCAGUGCUGGUGCCAAGACAACGGGAUCGUCGAGUGCCAGGCAGCCUCCUGUGGAGCCAGCGAGCAGUGCAUGGAGAACGGAGUCCUGGGCUGCCAUGCCACAGGCUGCGGCAAAUGCACCAUGGCCGGCGAUUCCCACUGCCUGACCUUGGACGGACGGGCCUUCGACUUCCAGGGCUCCUGCGCUUACACCUUAGCCGAGCUCUGCAGCAGCAGUGCCCAGCUGGCGAACUUCUCUGUGGUGGUGGAGAAGGAGAGCUCUGGCAAUGGUCGUGUGGCUCAGACGAGGACACUGGUAGUCUCUGUCCAUGGCUACACCAUCACCAUGGAGAGGCAGAGGAAAUGGACAGUCGUGGUGAACGGGGAACUCUACGCUCUGACGCUGGUCCUAGACAGCCGGAGAAUCCGUGUGAACCAGGAGGGGAAGAAUGUCGUCGUCCAGACCGAUUUUGGCCUCAAAUUCCUUUAUGACACUUCCUACUACGCCUUGGUGUCCAUCCCCAGCUCCUACAAGGAACACGUGUGCGGCUUGUGGGGCAAAUUCAAUGGCAACAAGAACGAUGACUUCCUGCUGCCCAGUGGGAAGAGCGCCCAGAAUGCAGAUGAGUUCGGGGCCUCCUGGAAGGUGCCCGUUGAUGGUGCCACAUGCGCCAAUGGCUGUGGUGAGAGGUGCCCUGUCUGCGAUGCAGCCAAGACAGCGCCGUACCAGGUCGAGAGCUCCUGUGAGCUGAUCAGAGCCACCUCGGGUCCCUUCAGAGGCUGUCACUCGCUGGUCAGCCCAGCUGAGUACUUCAACCAUUGUCUCUAUGAGUGUGCUGCCAGUGGGGUGGAAGAGACCCUGUGCCAGAGCCUCCAGGCCUAUGCGGCCAUGUGCCAGGCAGCUGGGGCCAAAAUCAGAGCCUGGAGAACGGCCUCCUUCUGCCCUCUGGCCUGCCUGGCCAACAGCCACUAUGAGCUGUGCACUAGAUCCUGUGAUUUCACCUGCGCUGGCUUGUCCACCCCUGCCCAGUGCACGGGGAAGUGUUUUGAAGGCUGCCAGUGCGAUGUGGCUACGCGGCCGAUGGGGAGGGUGAUGUCCCACAAAAGUGCCUCCUCCAUGUGGAGUGACCUCGCAUGGAUGGUGCGUGCCGGGGAAAGAGUCAUCUCCGGUGACUGCUCUGAGACGUGCACCUGCCGUGCCACAGCCAGGCUCAUCUGCGAGCCACACAGCUGCCUUGCUGGAGAGGCCUGCGUGCUCCAGGAUGGGGUGCACGGCUGCAUGAAGCGGGAAGGCCGGUGCACGCUGCUCCCCGGAGCCCGGCUCACCUCCUUCGAUGGCACCUCAGGGAAGGUGCUCGAGAGUGGGGCCUAUGAGGUGGUUUCGCUCUGCAACAGCAGCGCCCCCUCCUGGUUCAGGGUGGUGGUAGAGGUCCAGCAGUGCAGCAACAGGGGAGUGGUGGCUGGUGCAGCCAUCUACGUCUUCUUCCAGGAGGCUUUUGUCGUUGUCAAGAGGAACAAGGAGACAUGGGCAAGAGGGGACUGGGUGAAGAUCUCCAACGUGUCUGUGAGUGAGUCUCAAGGCGGCGUGGCUGUGGUCCAGGCCUUGGGACUGCAGGUUCUGUUCAGUCCCAGUGGGGAGGUGAUGCUGAGAGUCGGCGAGAGCCUGGCUAACAAGCUGUGCACACCCUGCGGGAACUUCAAGGGUGACAUCUCCGAUGACCUGCCGCUGCCCAGCCGCGAGGUUACAGGGAACUUCGCGGAGGUCGUUGCUGCCUGA